CGGCGCCCGGCGCGGGGGUCCUGGCGCCGCGGAAAACGCGCCAAGUCUGCGCCGGCGGCGGCUGCGUCCGGACCCCCUGAACUCCCCGAUCCGCGGAUCCCCGCCCGGCCCCGCCCCGGGGAUGGAGCCGCGCCGGCGGCCGCUGCCAUGAACAGGUGCCGCCGGUGACGGGAAGAUGCCCGGGGUCGUGCCCAGCGAGAGCCAGGGGCCGCCGGCCAGGGGAAGCCCCAAGAAGGGCCGCUUGAGCCUCAAGUUCUUCCAAAAGAAAGAGACGAAGCGAGCCCUGGACUUCGCCGACUCGCAGGACGACGAGGAGCGCGACGCGGAGCCCGCGGGGCCGGACGUGUGGGUGCCCGCACGCGUGGGCGAUCAGGUGGUGCCCGCGGCUGCGGCGCAGUCCUCUCCGCCCGGCGGCGAUAAGAGGGACAACCUGCUGCCCUUCGUGGGGCUCAAUAACCUGGGCAACACCUGCUACCUGAACAGCGUGCUGCAGGUGUUGUACUUCUGUCCGGGCUUUAAGACUGGGGUCAAGCAUCUGUUCAACGUAAUCACGAGGAAGCGGGAAGCCCUGCAGGAAGUGGGGGGGCCGCCCACAGACGACCAGGGAAAUUGCAAAGAGGACAACCUGGCCAGCUAUGAGCUCAUCUGCAGCUUGCAGUCUCUGAUCAUCUCCGUGGAGCAACUUCAGGCCAAUUUUCUUUUGAAUCCAGAGAAAUACACAGAUGAACUCGCCACCCAGCCCAGGCGGCUCCUCAACACUCUCAGGGAACUGAACCCUAUGUAUGAAGGAUACCUGCAGCACGAUGCUCAGGAGGUGUUGCAGUGCAUCUUGGGAAAUAUUCAGGAAACAUGUCAGCUCUUAAAGAAGGAAGAACUGAAGAAUGCGCCAGGAGGCCGGCUCCCUCCCCAGCCAGAGGAGAGAGAAGGCAGGGAAACGCACACCGCGCAGGAUGAUGACUCAGAGGAAGGGAAAGACAAGUUCCCCAAGGGAAACGUGAAAAGGAAAAGUGACAAUGACGCCGGGAAUCCCAAGAAGAAGUCGAAGCUGUCCAAGGAGCUGGUGGCGUCUGAGGAAAACCAGAGGCAGACCCGGUCCAAGAGAAAAGCCGCCGGUGACUCUCGCUUGGAGAGUUCCCCCGAAGCCGUCCCCAAAGGGGCCGCCGAUGGGGACGGCGCCCGGCCAAGCCACAAGAAAUCGAGACUCAAACUCAACUGGCUGAAGCCCACCAGCAAACAGCCCAGCAUCCUCUCCAAGUUCUGCAGUCUGGGGAAAAUCACCACCCACUUGGGACCCAAAGGGCCUUCGAAAGAAGCCGACAGCGAUCACGAGGAGGACUUGAAAGGGGAGCCCAGGGGUGCGCUAAAGGAGGACCCCGAGGAAGCUGCACCCCCAGGGAUGAGCAUGGAGGACAAAGAAGGGCAGUCUUUGAGAAACAAAGGCAUGGAACAAGUUUGUUUUGAGUUGGUGGAGAAAUUAUUCCAAGGUCAACUGGUUUUGAGAACUCGGUGCUUGGAGUGUGAAAGCUUAACAGAGAGGAGAGAAGACUUCCAGGACAUCAGCGUCCCAGUCCAGGAGGAGGAGUUCUCCAAAGUGCAGGAGAGUUCAGAAAUUUCUCCCGAGCCCAAGACGGAGCUGAAGAGCCUGAAGUGGGCCAUCUCGCAGUUCGCCUCUGUGGAGAGGAUCGUGGGCGAGGACAAAUACUUCUGUGAGAACUGCCAUCAUUACACGGAGGCGGAAAGGAGCCUCCUUUUUGACAAGAUGCCCGAGGUGAUAACCAUCCAUUUGAAGUGCUUUGCGGCCACUGGCUUGGAGUUCGACUGCUACGGCGGCGGGCUCUCCAAGAUCAACACGCCCCUGCUGACGCCCCUCAAGUUGUCCCUGGAGGAGUGGAGCACCAAGCCGACCAACGACAGCUACGGGCUGUUUGCCGUGGUGAUGCACAGCGGGAUCACCAUCAGCAGCGGGCACUACACCGCCUCGGUCAAAGUCACCGACCUCAACAGUCUGGAACUGGACACGGAGAACUUUGUGGUGGACCAAAUGUACGAGAUGGCCAAGGCCGACCCGCUGAACGAGGAGGACGCCAAGGCCCUGGCCGAAGAGUACGACGACGAAGUGGCCUUCCGAGUCAACGGGGGCGCCCAGCCCAGCAAGGUCCUGAGCAAAAAGAACGUCGAAGCCGUCGGGCUUCUCGGGGGGCAGAAGAGCCGGCCCGACUACGAGUUCUGCAGCGGCCACCGAGCGUCCGGCGCGGACAAGGUCAUCGGGGCCUUGGCUGAAAACCGAAGUGCCGAGGCGAGUGGCGCCAGCGGGGCCCAGGAGCUGGACAGAACCAAGGAGCCCGGGGGCCCGGCGGACCUUGGCGCAAACGGGCUGGAAAGCAAAGUGUCCGACGUGAUACAGAGCUUGAAAGAGUACGAGGGGAAGUGGCUGCUCUUUGAUGAUUCCGAAGUGAAGGUGACAGAAGAAAAAGACUUUCUGAAUUCUCUUUCCCCUGCGACAUCUUCCACGUCCACUCCUUAUUUACUGUUUUAUAAGAAAAUUAUAGAGUGAGUGUAUUUUCGUUGUGUAUAUAAAACAGAUUUGGAUAAUCUUAUAAAUAGAGAUUACAGCAAAGACUCCUUGAGGUAGAGGCUCAUUGGCUUUUGGAAGCUCCUGGCUUAUUACUGGUCUCUAGUUUUUGUAUGAAUAGUGAAUUUGAAUGACUGCAAACCCUUGUUAAUUUUUAGAAUUCAUUUUCCAUGUUCACUAACCACUCUGCUGGAGACUAGCAAUAUGUUAGCUUCUGAGGACAAACUUGUGUAGGUUCUGGAACAAUUUGUCCAAUUAGAGUUCUUUAAAAAACACUUUUUAAAGAAAGUUUUACACCUGUCUCUUGUAUUGGCUUUUAAAAAUAAAGUGCUGUUAUUUGUAUUUUCCAUAUUUUGGAAUACUUAUAUCUACUGCCAAAAUGUUUAUAGAUCGUGUGGAUUUUGUAAAUUAGGAGGCAGCCACCUCAUUGCAUUUAGUUUUGUAACAGUUAUGAAGCAAAAUCCAUGAAGGCUGUUAAGACACACAGAUUCUAGAACUUGCAUGUUCACACUGGCGUGAAUUCUGUGCCUUGGAUCGCUUUGGAAAGGGGUAUUUCAGAAGCCUUUGGAUAGCAUCCUUUGCCCAUCACUACCUUAGGAAGGAUUUUAUAGAUAUAUAUACAUAUAUAUAUAUAUUUAUGAUUAUGAUUUUGUACUUUAGCAGAUCAGUCUAGGUUUGGACAGAGUAGUCUGUAUUUCUUCAUAGUCAUAUUGCUAUAUAAUUUGUAAAUAGGAUAUAAAAAUUUAGAGCUAUGACCUUUAGGGUUGUGUUUUGUUUUGUUUUGUUUUGUUUUUUUUAAAGCAGGGAGGGCAUUCAAUUUAAAAUGCUUAGCAACUAUGUAUACAAACGCACUAAAGUUUUGUACUUAAACAGCUUUCUACCCUAAAGCAUCUGGUUUCUUUUCAAGAACAGAAUUUGUGUAUAUAUGUGGAAUAAACAUUCAUAAUUACCUUUACAA